ACAGCUCCAUUGGCGUACCUAACCUUUCCUGUGGUGCAAUACAGUCCAACCAUGGAUAAGAUUUUGGAAGCGCUGGUCAGCUCCUCCCAUCCUCUGACUGUCAAACGGGCUAUUGUGAAAAAAGUGAUGGAGGCUGCAGAAAAGGAAGUGACCGAGGAGCAGUGCCAGGCCUUGUACCAUCUCACCACCCGCCUUAUUCUCCUGGGCGAGGAUGCUUUUCAGCGACAGGUUGGCCUCCAAGUGCAAGAAGCGUACGCGCGUUACCAUCGCGACGAGUUUGCCCGCUUCUUCAGUAAGGAAUACGUGCUUGGUCUCCUACAGCAGGGCUAUGGCUCUCUGGACCACAGAGACCCUGCCAUCUUGGACUUUCUUCACGGUUCCCUCCGACUGCUCAUCAGCUGCCCGGCUGUGUUGGAGUUGGCACCGCUGCUACAGACGGAGGUCCUACGCAUCAUCUGUGAACGGCCAGAACCAGCAACUUGUGCCAAGCUGGCCACCAUACUGAUGGACUUCCCUCAGUGCGUCCCACGAGAGAAGGCUGGAGUUCUGUUCUGCCAGCAGCUUGUGCGCACCUUUGCGUAUUUCAACUGUCCUGCCACUGAAGAGUGGGAGUUGCGGGAGUAUGUGACCCAGGUGACCAGGGUGAGUGUGCUGCUGCAGGGCAUCUGGAAAGCCGAGCCGGCCACGCUGUUACCGUCACUGCAGGAGGUGUUUGCCGUCAUCUCAUCCACAGACCCUUCAUUUGAACCCUCCAUUGCUCUAGCAAGCCUGGUCCAGCACAUCCCUCUGCAAAUGAUCACAGUCCUCAUCAAAAGCCUCACCACUGACCAGAAUGUUAAAGAUGCCAGUAUGACACAAGCACUCUGCAGGAUGAUUGACUGGUUGUCCUGGCCUCUAGCCAAUCAUGUGGACACCUGGGUCAUUGCUUUAUUAAAGGGACUUGCUGCUGUUCAAAAGUUCACCAUCCUCAUAGAUGUCACACUGCUCAAAAUCGAACAGGUCUUUAAUCGUCUCUGGUAUCCCAUUGUGAGACAGGGAGCGCUGGUGGUUCUUUCACACAUGCUGCUUAGUUUCCAGCACUCUCCUGAAGCCUUCCAUUUAGUGGUUCCUCAUAUAGUUCCACUUGUAAAGUCUUUGAAGAACGAUGGCCUUCCCAACAGCAAAACCUUCCUGCUGCAGUUUGCAGAUCUCAUCCACUGCAUGAUGUACCAAUAUUCUGGCUUCCCAGACCUCUAUGACAGCAUUCUUGAAUCCAUUAAAGAACUACCUAAACCUAAUGAGGAGAAGAUCAAAUUUGUUCUGAACCAAAGUGCCUGGACCUCUCAGUCAAAUUCAUUUGCCUCAGGCCUGCUUAAGAUCACAGGAAAAUCAGAAACGGGAAAGACGGGGCUUGUGAAUCUGGGCAACACGUGCUACAUGAACAGCAUCAUCCAAAUUUUAUUUAUGGCUACCGAUUUCAGACGGCAUGUUAUGUCUCUGCAUUUAAAUGGUAGCAACACCCUCAUGAAGAAGCUCCAGCUUCUUUUUGCCUUCUUGGCCCACACACAGGUAUGUUUAUCUUCUGUGCAUAUAUUAAUUGAUUACAGCUCUAAAAACAAUCAAAUGUGUUUGCAUUUCAUGUAUUUUGUUCUGUGUUCUUAUGUGAUAUUGAGGUUGCAUGAAGAAGAGAAGACUCUCUCAGCAUUUCAGGUGACCAGCCCAAAACCUGAACCUGCAACCACUUCUGCUGAAACUCUAAACAAUGCUGUAAGUCAGCCAGUCGCUGAUAUGCCAUCGCCUCCAGAUCCUGUGGCAGCCAACGGAGAUGGUCGCACUCUAGUGGAGCGUAUGUUUGGUGGUCGACUCUCUACAGCCAUCCGCUGCCUGCAGUGCCACAGCCUGUCAGAAAAAGAGGAGCCGUUUACAGACCUCUCGCUUGCAUUCUGCCCCUCGAUGUCCAAGUGCCACGGUCCCACCGAUGAGCACAAAAGCUCCUCCUCUGUGGGACCCUGCCAAGGGGCGGUGAAUGGAGGCAGUGAAUCCUCGGAGGGCUCAGUAAAAGAAGGUGCAGGAACCAGGAUGGAGAAGCCGGUGGUGGAGCCCACACUGUCUGUACCAGAUUUGGUCGACUACUUCCUAGCUCCAGAAAUCCUAGAGAACGAGAACUGCUACUUCUGUGAACGCUGCGCCUCACUGCAGAGGGCCGAGAAGGUCAUGCGGGUGGUGGCGGCACCGGAGUACCUCAUUCUGACUCUGCUGCGCUUCUCGUACGAUGCCACCUGCCACGUCCGUCGCAAGAUCCUGGACAAUGUAGGCAUUCCACCUCAAAUGAGCCUGCCUUUACGCCAGCACGGUAUCUCCGUUUUAUCAUCUUCCUCAACUGCAGUUACGUCUUCCUCCACUGACUCCCCCGAGAGUGGUGAGAAUCUAGCUAAGAAGCUCAAGCCUUCUCAAAAGGAGGAUGGGAUGACGGGAAACAGAACAAAUAGUGAGUCAAAUGACAGUGAUUCGGAAAUGCUGUCAGUGCCGUAUGUUUUGAGUUCUGUUGUAGUGCAUUCUGGGAUGUCCUCUGAGAGUGGUCACUACUACUCGUAUGGAAGGAAUGGAAGUAGCACUGAUGAUUAUGUAGCUCACCCAAGUUCUAAGACCCUGGAAAGCUCCAGCCUAUCAGAGAGCUCGACAGCCUCACAGGAGGAAAUGGGAUGCGCUGACCACAAGUCCACCGACUGGUUCUUGUUUAAUGACAGCCGAGUGACUUUUACAAACUUUGAGUCAUUGCGGAACAUCACCGGUCGCUUCCCUAAGGACACAGCCUAUGUCCUGAUUUACAGGAAACAAGAGGUCAGUGGACAACCAAGCAAUUCUGGGCCAGUUGUAAAUGGCUCAAGACUGAGUGGAGAGCCGCCCCUGCAGAAGGAGCUGAUGGAUGCCAUUACCAAAGACAACAAACUCUUCCUACAGGAGCAGGAGCUGAAUGCCAGAGCUCGAGCUCUUCAAGCAACCUCUGCUUCUUGCUCAUUCCGACCCAACGGUUCUGAUGACAACGAGCCUCCUGGCAGCUGUGGGCCCUCAGGUGGGGGUGGAGGAGGCGGCUUCAAUACCAUCAGCAGACUCGUCUUCUAAGGAAGGGUCACAAACAUAGCCUCAGAGCACUGGACAGUCCCACUGACAACACCGGACUUCGUUUUUUUUUGUCCUGAUUGCCCACAAUAUGAAUAAGUGUGCCACCUCAGAACAGAUGUCUUAAUUUUUCUGGUUUGCAUGCUUUUCCCCUUUCCAUUGACGUUCAUUUGAAAUUAAUUGAAGCACUUUGAGUACUAUAGGUCAGAAAUGGGCAGGCAAUAAAUGUGUACAGAAUACAGUAAUAGUUACGGUCUCAUUCUGGAAUCUUAAUUGUUUCAUUUUCUAAACAAAAAUUAUUAGGCAGAGAAUGGUUUUAAAAGCAAAUAUUUUUGAACCAUGCUAUACAGUGAACUACUUGCAUGAAUAUUUUAAUUGGAAUUUUUUCAACUUCUGGUU